CCAGUGCCAACAAAGAAGGCUUCCUUGGAAAACUACUUCAUUGGUAUAUUAAGGAUAAGGUGCUUUCAGAUAUGAAUUGAAAACACAUAAGGUUAAUUUACGAUUCAAAGACAAUUUAGAAUAAAUACCACAAAUAAUCUUGGGAGCACCACACUGCAUCUUUCACGUACCAAUUUCAAACAACUCUAAGAAUACACUAGCUACCAUGGCUACCAAAACUCAGUGCUAUCAUAUUUGUUUGACAUUGGUUUUCUGCAUGGCGAUCUGGGCUUUUGAAGCCACAUCUCGCACUCUCCAAGAUGACUCCAUGCAUGAGAGGCAUGAGGAAUGGAUGAGUCGUUAUGGAAAAGUGUAUAAGGAGCCUCAGGAAAGGGAGAAGCGUUUAAGAAUAUUCAGGGAAAAUGUGAACUACAUUGAUGCCUUCAACAAUGCUGCCAAUAAACCUUACAAGCUUGGUGUUAAUCAAUUUGCAGACCUCACCAAUGAGGAGUUCAUAGGAACAAGAAAUAGGUUCAAGGGUCACAUGUGUUCCUCUAUCACAAGGACAACCUCUUUCAAGUACCAAAAUAAUACUGCAGUGCCAUCCACAGUGGAUUGGAGGAAAAAGGGUGCGGUGACACCAGUCAAGGACCAAGGCCAAUGUGGAUGUUGCUGGGCGUUUUCUGCUGUUGCAUCAGCAGAAGGAAUUCAUCAAUUGAGCACUGGAAAAUUAAUCUCUUUGUCGGAACAAGAACUUGUUGAUUGUGACUCAAAGAGUGUGGACCAGGGUUGUGAAGGUGGCCUUAUGGAUGAUGCUUUCAAAUUCAUCAUCCAAAAUCAUGGACUUAACACCGAAGCCAAUUACCCGUAUCAGGGUGUUGACGGAAAGUGCAAUGCAAAUGCAGCAGGCAACGAUGCUGCUACCAUUACUGGGUACGAGGAUGUUCCUGCCAACAAUGAGAAGGCACUGCAGAAGGCUGUGGCCAAUCAACCGGUGUCUGUGGCCAUCGAUGCCAGUGGCUCUGACUUUCAAUUUUACGAGAGUGGUGUGUUCACUGGGUCAUGUGGAACUGACUUAGAUCACGGUGUCACAGCUGUGGGAUAUGGUGUUAGUGACGAUGGCACUGAGUAUUGGCUUGUAAAGAACUCAUGGGGAACCCAGUGGGGUGAAGAAGGCUACAUUAGGAUGCAAAGAGGUGUGGCUUCUCAGCAAGGACUCUGUGGCAUAGCUAUGCAAGCUUCUUACCCUACUGCAUAAUUCAAAAAAUUGGACCCUGUCAUAAUAUGUACAAUUCUAUGUAUCUGACUAAUUAAACUCAUUCCUGUUAUAGCUCGUUCAUAUCGUUGUAUCCUUUCCACCAAUACACUAUUCUAAGUUCACAUGUUAUCGGUGAAUUACUGAUGAAAAGUAAAUAACAUUUAUAUAUAUAGUACAAACAAAAAGGUAACCUUCGAGAGAGAACUGAUUUCGCGCUAUUAAAGAAUGUGUAACUCCUUACAAUGAUACAGAGGUUAUGGGUGUGUAGUAUUGACAGAAGGUUGUACAAAAUGAAUUAACCACGUAAGACGCAGUCUAUAUGAAUUUGUGAGUCUAAUAUUGAGAAGACGCCUAUUGUACCAAUUGUCUUCACUAAUCUAUGUUAGUCUCCAGAGGUGUGCGAUUUAUUUUGAAUUCAAGCCUGAAGUUAUGCGUUGGAAGACAUCUUCGUUGCAAGGAAUUGUGAGACCACCCAUGGAAUGGUAAUAUCCAAAUUCUUCCUCACCUUGGCUCAGCAAGUCCUGAAAUAGAGG